AUGUUCGAGUUUGGCAGCUUGUCGAGCACGCACACUACGUUCUUUGACUCGGGUCUCUCGUCGGCGCUCACCAACUCCUCGACUAACAACAGGUGAGAAGGACCACGGAGAGGAAAAGACCCAAUGAGCAUUCGGAGCUUUCAGUAUCACUUCGGGAUCUCCGCCGAACGCCUUCGCGAGCAACUACAUCGACCGGCCCGGUCUGCUGUUCUCCGUGAGUUUUCUUCUCCCUCAUUCCUCCCGUCUUCUCCAGAAUCUUUCGGACCGUGAAAAUCCAAGUCUGAAUUUCUAUAUUUCUAUAUACAUUUCACAUUCACGCGCUCUCCCCUUUUCGACUCGUUCGACCCGCAACAUGUGUGAACGUAGUGGACAUAAAAUAUCUUUGAAAUUCUAAUUUCUUUCUGUCCCCCUUGGAUUUCUUUGUUUACUUCUUCCUCUGGGUCAAUUGACUAACCGAUUCCAGUCGCCAUUCCAUUCCAUUUCAAAAUGUCACCUUCGUCCACCGGAAUACUGCCGUUGUCGUCGUCGUCCUCGUCUUGAAGACCUCCUCCUACUCCUUUGCCUAAUGGCCAGUUGUUGUUAUUUUUAUUGUCGGACCGCCCGUCCUCCGCGGGCCCGUCUUUGUCCUCGUCGCGCCCAGUGUUGCACGUGCCGUGAUCGCACCGCAUAAUGCGGCAAUCCGUCGGCGAAUCAUGUGGCACCACAUGGGUGCACGUCGCCGCCCCGACUUCCAUUUGUUACACACUUUUGAAACAAAGAGGGGAUCCACUGCGAUGAAAAAUUGAGAUGUGGCUGAUGAGAGGAGGAGAAGGAGGCGAAGGGGAGGACGGGGAAGUGCCAAACGGUUUUUGAUAAAUGGUCGCGAGAGAGGACGCCGACAAAUGCACUUUGCGCCAACUUGCUUCUUUUGUCUGUCGGAUCGGACGGUUUUAUAGCUAAUGAUGAAUGGAUUUGAAGGAAUGAUCUCAAAAACAACACAUCCAUCAUACAGCUACUGUAAACCUAUGGCUCGCGGACUCAACCCCCGAUUGUGGAGAGCGUUCGAACAAAGUUUUCGAUUCGAUCCGAAAAUGAACUAAUUGGAUUGUCCAGUCCGUACCAGUUGUUGCACUAAAUAUGCAUACACACACAUUCACACAUAUGCCAGAGUGUAUAAUAAGUGCGCGACGCCUCUAAUUUCGCAAAGAGUCGUUGAAGCGUGCCCCCCCCGCGAGUUUUGUCCAUGAUUCCAUUUCUCGCCUGCCUUUUCCACUUUGAUCCCCAUUUUCCAAACUGAAACCUUCUCAAACACUAGGGGGCAUACGGCGUGAAGAAAAAAAUGAGAGAGUAAAUAUUUAUCGACACUCUCUCUUUCUCUGUGGCAACAAGAUGCGCGCACACUCCCCGCCGAUCCAGGGGAGAAAGUCGCAGGUCGUCUGGCGCCGUUGCCAACUGUGUACCGCGCAAAUAAACUGCCGAAUGGCAGAGCAUUUGGAAGCAGAAGCCGAGAGAGAGAGAGAGCGAGAGCGAGAGCGAGAGAGAGCGCGCGAAAAAUAGUUGGGACAGAUCAGAACGGAAGAUCAUGCGAAAACAUGUGGUUGUUCGGGGAGCAAGUCGGCACAUUUUCUUGACGAUCACGAAUUGAACAUUUCUGAAUAUUUGAAGAAUAUUUCGUCUGAAAUAUCUCUAUUGCAUUACUCUUGGAUCCAGUGAAUGUUUCAGAGGAAAUGAUGGUUUUUGCCCUAUUGUAUACCUUUUCCAUUCUGAUUUUUGUCCGAUGGCAUUUCAAAACGAAUCCCAUUCACCAUUUCUCAGAAACUGCUUACUGUAAAAUGAGGUCAGCCAACCGGAAGAAUAGAUGGUUUUCGCAUGAAAAGUUCAAAAACACGUUAUGCAGUGCCUAAACUUGAGCCUGAUCGGUAGAUCAACACACUCGGCAGUCUUUGCUCUGAGCAAGACCGCCAUUUGUUAGUCAACAAGCGCCUAAUUACCGGAUUACCGUGCUCUCGCGUCCACUGAAACAGACAGCCCAAACUUUUCAAGUUCCCCCCCUCCGAACAGUUUCGUUUCGAUGCUUAAUGUUCGCAAUCAUCUCAAGGAUUCGCCUCUCCUCGGCCCUCGGACUAACAUGCGCGGAGCGAGUAGAUCAGAGUCCAGAACAUGCGCGGAAACACACUUUGCUGAUCAAUUGAUCGACACCACAAUGGCUGCUUGGCGCCGAUCGAUUGACAUCGGCGGAGCUUUUGCCCGAGCAGACGAGUCACUACACUUUGUCUAGUGCUUCUUGCCAUUGCGACUCGCCUCCUCGUUUUCCGGACGCGUCCUGCGCGGUCUUCCGCGCGGAAGGAAGAGACUGGUCAGACGCCCCGAAGCAUUUCGUCGCAGUGGUGCACCGGCCAUCCCCAUGUGCACUUUUUCCACUUGGAUCACACUUUUUCUGCAGUUUUCUUGUCUGUACGCCCCCUCUUCCUUCUCGUUUCUGAAAUAGUAGUCCACAAAGUAGAGGUGGUCGUUGCCUUUGUUGAUGCCUGUUUUUUCAGCCUUUCACUUUCUAGUCAUACACACAAACAGAGAAAGAAGGCACGCACACACAUACACAAAAGGUUAGAUGCCAGUCAGGGCAGGUAGUACUGUAGACGACGCUGUUGGUCGGUCAGCUGACGACGACGCCGCCGUGGUUGGAAAUUCGAGAAUCGCAGAGAUUCAAGGUCGGCGCGAGGGUCAACCCGAUGGUGGUAGCAGCAGCAGCGAAAGUGAUGCGAAUCGGUGGGAAUGCGAAGAAUGAGUGUGUGUUGGAAGUGAUCAGAGUGCAGCAGGAAUCACCCCUUCAGAAGUCUGGCUUCUGAUCAUCCUGAAUCCAAUCAGUCUGGCGUGCGUCUCACGUAGACGGUCUCUCGCCGUCGGCUCUCUCUCUGACGCCAAUGCUCUCUCCGCUCCGGCUGAUCAUACGACCAGCUGUUCUGUGCAAUGUGCGUGUGUUAGUAUGUGCUUCUGACAUCUUUUUCUUCUUCUCUCCUCUCCGUUUUCUUCAUCACCACCUGGGCUUCCCGGGAACAAAUGAGUUGCUCGCCGGCUCUCGUCGCUCUUCGUUUCCGCUGCUCUUUCGCUUCUCCGGCGGGCGCCCGUCUCGCAUUUUUUCUCACGCGCCUCAUGUAAUUACCACACUGUAUCAACCCGGGGCACACCGAUGCCGCCCAUGUGUUUUGCGAGAAUCGCGCUGUCGUCUCUGCGUCUACCGUAAUCUUCAGGUCGUGGUGAUGGGGUGGUGAAGCGAGAGAGAUAGAGAUGGAGAGAAGACAACAAAAAGCAUCUGUGUUGUAUGUUUGACUUUGACUUGAAAGUUUUCGGCGUGUGCCUCUCUCUAUGUCUCUCUAUCUCUCUGUCUCCCGCCCCACCUACUUUCCCACUCUCUCUCUCUCUCUCUCUCCCUUCUCAUUUUUUGAUUCGACUCCUCCCGCGUGAGAGAGAAGUGCCCGCCCUUUCCUACCAAUUCUUCCUACUUCUUUUCUUGGGGAUGUCGUCGUCUCGUCACCUCUGAACCCCCCGCACAAGCAAGAGGAGGUGUACUGUACUUUGUGUGCGCCCACCCCAUCCUUGCUUCCAUAUUCCCUUUCCCGACAUCAUCAUGUCUUUAGACAACUACCAUAUAUCAUUCCUAAAGGUGGGUUAGUUUCGCCUUCUCUCUUCCUAACACAGUACAGAAGUUCAGUUGAGUUUAUCAGAGUGAUUCCAAAGAAACACACGCAAAAAGGAGUGAAAGUGGGUCCGGGCGUUUACAUCGCUCCUUGGUCAUGGUUCCAUCGGCAGCAUCCCGUUCUAGUCGUCGUGUUCCUUCCUCUUCCUCUUCCUCUUCCUCCACCGAACGAAUUGGCCCUCAUUUGGUUCUCGCUCGUCUGAGUCAGAGUCAGUCAGACGCCGUCGAUGAUGAUGAUGGCACACGGGCGAAAGGAAGAGAGAGACUGACAGUACCCGAGACCGGUUUUCCUGGCCGUGAACGGUCGGGGCAACGCGUCGCGCAAUCGUCGGGGCAGCGUUGCGCAAUCGAAAGCGAAAGGGAAAGCAGAUGAAAGUUUUUGAUUGGGUUUUCACCCCCGCGCACUCUUAUUCCUACUCCCAUCGCUUCUUAAGCGGGCGCCGCCGACGACGACGCGAGAUCGAUGCAAAUCUUUGAAGAUGGUAAUAACACGGGGGCAGAACCUGUUAUAGAGUGGAGGUUAUGACCUUUGGGAGGAGUGUACAGCGUCUCCCCAAGAAUCACGACACAACAUCGAAGGGCCCGAGAGAUGCCGCCCGCACGACGAACAACUGUUUUCGGUGCCUCCUGUGACACCUGGGUCCCGUCGCUCCUGGCCGCCGAUCGGGAACUAGCGGGACGUGGUUUUUUGGGCUGUCAAUGUGCUUUCGAAAACAAAAACAGAUGGGCGCCUCGACGAGAGAGACUUUUGAUCGAUGUCAGUAUCAGUAUUGAUUGGCAUCUCUUGGCUUAUCCAUUCGACUGAAACGAUCUAGAACUGGAAGUGCGGUCCGCGAUUGGCUGUAAUGAGGAAUUGGAGUGAAAUUCGACGCGCCACACACACAAAACGGACCCGCUUAUUCAGGCGGGCUCGAUUUCAACAGAAGACGACGAAGUGGUUGAAUGCUUACAAACCGCUCCUGCUCACUAUAUUUAGUUUCGGCUCAUUGACAGCUGAGCGAGUGGGGGGAGGAGAGAAAUUUGAAACUCGCAACUUUUUCGAUAUGUUUCUUAUUGUGUUUGAAUUUAUUUUUGUCUGGCAGAGACUCUUCCGUCUGUGUGUGUGUGUGCGUUUGUGAGAAGAAAAAAAGCGGAGAUGAAAAGGAAAAGUGUGAGUGAUUUCGCUGUGUUGGUAACAGUGAAAAGAACAACAACAACAAUAGUAGAAGACCAAAAAUGUGUCGGUUGUUUGCCAUUGGAGGAGUGUGGACCCAUGACAAACUCGGGCCGUUUCCGCUCGGAGCGGCGACCGUAAGACCUAAUCUGCGUGGGACCCAUCUUCCCGAGAGCUCAGGAGCCCACUUUUCCUGCUCUUCUCCCAAACCUAUCGGUUUCUUUUCUGCCUGUGCUCGUUUCGCGCAUUUCGUCCGAUUGUUUCAAGUUGUUUGAACAGUGCGUCGUUCUCGGAACUGCUUGCGCAACCCUUCCAGUAGUUUUGUGUGUUCCGAUGGCAACAGCAAGAGCAGGAGCAGCCACCUCCUACGUGUGACGUCAAAAAGUUACUCUCUUUCUUUCUUUCUUUCUCUCUCUGUCCGUCUUUUUCGUUAGAGUACUUUGGGUCUCUUUUCUUUCUUACUCGUCGAAACCAACUUCCAAUUUGCCGCGGCAGUCCGUUAUCAGAGCGGCGGAUUGACCGUGUGUCUCGUUGUUCUUGAAAGGGAAGGCAGCUGAUUACGUUAUCGUCGCUCUCGGCGCCCUCCACUUCUUUGUCACAUGAGAGAAAUCAGAAACGAUCAAAAAAGCGUCGACAAUGAAACCUGAUAGACCGUGGCGGACGACGACGACCUGCUGUAUAAUAAUAAUAGAGGGCCCUCGUUGAAAUUUGUAAAUUCUCCCUCGAGCUCCGCGGAGCAGAUGGAAGCUGCAGUGCGAAGAGUCAGCUGUUAUGCGGAAGAAGAAGAAGAAGAAGGUGCUCUCGGUCCUCGGGACGACUCUUCCCUAAUGUUUCUGAGCUUUUCCGUCGUUUGCCAGCAGCGUCUUCCAGUCUGCCUCUUUUCUAGUUUGGUAAUGCGAUCCACACGUUGUUUGGCUGCUGCUAUUGGUGGAACACUUCUCAGUGCUCCUAAAACAACAAAAACAUGCUCCAGGAUUGUGGUGCUCUCCCAUCUGCUGUUCAAAGUGUGCUGUUUUCCCUUUUAUUUUCGCCUCCCCUACGACGACGCCAAAACAAAGCGAUGAAACAAACGAAGAACACCUCUCCGUUUGCGCUCUGUCUCGUUUCACGGUUUUAGACACUUUUAUCGAAAUGAAAAGUUUUCGAGAAGACAUGGGGCCCACAGGCUUCUCAGAUGAGGGAGAAAAAGUGCAUCGUAAAAUCUCAGCUGUGCAGUUUCGAAGCGCAGACGAGAGAGCGCUCAGGACGAAGAGACGCAGCACUCGAAAUGGCAACAUUUGCUGCCCCCUCGGCUUCCUUCCGCCGGGUCCAUAUUAAUCAAGAAUAAUGGGCUCCGCCGGGCUCGUCGACCAACUUUCUCGAUUUCUCUGAUAAUUUAAAAAAGAAACAAUUUCCGCUGUCAGCUGGUUUUGUGCGUCUUUUUGUUUCCGCGAUAAGAAAACUAAAAGUGUGUUAUCAGAUGGAGGAGAUGAAUUCAAUCGAAUCGAAUUCCUGUCUUUCGCUUUCGCUUCAAACUUUCAAAUUCAAACUUCCAAAGUAAUUUAUUGUUCUCUGUGCAAUCUUGCGUAAUUUCAGAGUCUGUACAGUGCGGACAACGGUGUGGGCGUCAACAACGGAUUCGGUCUGAACACAUCGACGCCGUCCACGCAAUCAUCGCCCACCGCCACCGCCGCCAACAUCGAGUCUUUUCUGGAGCCAUUCGGCGUGCAGAACAGCCAAACUGACUUUGCCGCCGCGUUGGCUCAGUUGACGGGGCAGUCCGCCAAACCGAUGGAUAGGUAAUUUUUGCAUUUUUAAAAAAUUUAAAAAGUGUUUCAUGUAUUCUCAAUCAUUCCGAUUAUCUCUCACGUCACUUUUUGCCUAAGGAGCUUUAUCCGAAUUUCAUAUUUAUAGAAGAGUCGUGUGUGUAAGUCCCUUUCUUUUGCAGGCAGCAAUCGUCGGCCAUCCAGCGGCCGACUUCAUUCACGACGAGUUCCCUCUUCGGCAGCUCGCCGUCCGAUUUUGCAAAUCCGCUCGGAGCACCCGGAACGCCGCUAGGUACGUGGACCCCUCAUUUUGUUGUUGUUUUUCUCUCUCUCUCUUUCCUCAAUCUCCUCUUCCCACACCUUUUCUUUACUUUCUCGAAUAGAUAAUUCAUUCAAAGUGACUAUUGGCUUGGCACCCACCUUUACGUUUUAGAUCAAUCCUUAAAAAAAGCAAACUACCAAAUACCGCUCACAGCUUCGCGCCGCCGCUCGCCACAUUUUGUAGUUGAGUUGCAAUUCGCACUUGUCAAUUUGGCUCGCGAAUUUUCCAUUGCUCGGAGCGAGCCGCCCUCUAUUUCUUCCACUUAUAUCGCGCGGGUCCCGAAAAACGCGACAGUCAUGUGACGUCGCGUUGAUAAUUCUUGAGCGACUUUAGGAUUUGCCCCCCGAAGCGGAUUACUUCGACUUUACGUCGCGCUCCCUUUUAACUGCCGUUUCAUUUCGGCAGGUGCCCUCGAAUGAUUAACGUGGCUGCCAACUGAUUGACAACCGAUUUAUGGUCCUUCUAGUUCCCUGCCUGCCGACCAAUGUACUUUCCAUACUGCCGCUGCCGCCCCGCGCACUUCCUAAUCCCUUGUACUUGUCCUAUGAACUUUCGGAAAGAGACACGCGACCUCUCCGCGCAUUGUUCACCACCCUAUUAGCACUAAAUAUGCAUAAGAUACACAUUCAUGUCGAUGUCUUUUAUGCGCUUUGAAAGCAUGUACUAUAAGAAGAAAAGUUCAACGAGCCCCUUCUCGCACUUCUCCUUCCGGAGCAUCUUUUGCUCCUUCCUCGGCUCACCACUUUGUUAUGUAUAUUUUUAUUAAUGGUGUCACUUGUUGUCCCCUCUCCUACAUGUAUUAUGAUGUCGGGAGCGCUCGCUGUUCAUAAACAAGUGGUAUGAAGCGACGGGACACUGAAGAAGAAGAAGAAAAAGUUUUGGCGUCGUUUUCGGUCGUAGCAAACUUUUUUUGCCUCCCAUAGCUUGCCGCGUCAUAAACAAAAUUUAUAAGGAAAAGAGGCCCCCCUCCUCGGCUCCAUCCGAAUUCGCCCAUUUUCAUUUUAUUCGCUUCUCUCUGCAUGGCUAAUUAGAUGGUAUCAUACUCUCUCCAAAGUCCGCCCCAAAUAAUUGGGUCCCUAGAUCACGCGACAAGAGAAAGAAAAGAGGUUUUCAAAUUUCCUACUCCUCCUUCUCCUCUUCCUCCGCGUCCGAAUGAACAAGUACUCGUGCUCCUCUUUUUGCCCGCUCGCCGCGCUCCAUCCCGAAAAACAAGUAGUUUGUUCCACACCGGAAAGAACCAAAUCGAAUUUGGAGCACUGCUCCCACCGUGCCGCCCAUUCUUCAUCCUACUGAUUCGCAUCUCAUCUCAUUCCCUCGCUUUCAGGAGCACAGCAGAUGUCCGUCGGCCACAGUCUCAGCUCGCCGUUCUCGACGGGGCAGCACACUCCGUUGGGAACGCCGAACGGAAGUGGAAACGUGCCGCCGCCCAAGAAUCCGAAGCUCUACAAGACGGAGUUAUGUCGAUCGUGGAUGGAUCACGGACGAUGCAACUACGGCGAGAGAUGCCAGUACGCGCACGGUGAGGUCGAGAAACGCCCGGUCCCGCGGCAUCCCAAGUACAAAACGGAGGCGUGCCAGUCGUUCCAUCAGAGCGGAUACUGUCCGUAUGGACCCAGAUGCCAUUUCAUUCACAAGUGAGUUUAUCUUUACCUGAAAUUACAACAAUGCUAUCUUUUUUCAGUGAGCCCCCAAGUGUUCCGAGUCAUUACCAAACGCCCGUCAGCACGCCCGUUUCUCAGCAAACGACGCCUUCGCUCUACGCUUCGCAGUACCACAAUUUGAGCCUGAAACAGAGCGGCGGAGUGCCGAACAACGUGCUCCAACGUGUCUAUUCACUGCCGAACGGAGGGUACGGAAGUGCCGGAGAGUCGCCGGCGUGCAGUUCGAACGAUUCCGGCAGCGAAUCGCCGAACGGCAGCUUCUCGCCAGGACUCGAUCUCGAUGAUAAUGGUCCAUUCUCGGCCGGAUUCCUGUCUGCGUCACCGCACAAAGUUCAGCAGCAAAAGGCAGCCGCUCCUCGCGUCCAGACGAAUCGCUUCCUCUCCUACGAUCAAUCGAGCAUGUCAGUUGGCUCCCCGCUCCUGCCGUUCAAUCAUUCAUUUACUUUAUCAAUUCCAGAAAUGACACACAAUUCAGCAGCCUGCUGAAUGAUAUCUGUCAGUGGAACAUCGAAGACUCGCUCUCCACCACCUUCCCAGGUAUCCGAAUCCGGUUCCUUGUCGCCCGUUCAUGCUUUCCUUUCCAGGCUUCACCUCGAAAUGGUCGACAGAAGAGGCGGCUCCGGCUGCGACGACAGUGAGCACUCCCGGCCGUCUGCCCGUUUUCGCGCAGCUCAGCAAUCCGCAAUGA